AUGACUCUUUCUAUGGAAUUGGCAGUUCUUGCUGUGCUGCUGCCACUUGCAGCCAGCGUCACAAAUAUCACUAGCACCAUUAGCCUCUCUCCAGCCCAGACUCCAAGUCCAGGGAAACAGAUGCACGAUGCCAUCUACAACUCCUUCUCUAUCGAGUUCUCAUUUAUGGUGGAGUAUGCAGGGAACGACUCGCAUCCCAACACCUUCUCGCAGCAGGUAAUUCAGAAUCUGGUAGAUAUCAGUGGCGAGCCACCCAUGUUUCGGGUUGGAGGGAGUACCCAAAGUCUAGCUGUCUACUAUCCCGACCAGGCCGAGGCUAUCAUUGAUCCCUUUGAGUCUAUCGCCUCUACACAGCCGAAUUACUCAUUCAUCGGGCCUGCGUUUCUCCAGUCCUUUCACCAGUUCCCUGUUGAUACAAAAUAUAUCUUUGGACUCAACUUUUAUAACCCUGAUGAGACUCUUUUUGAUAUAGGCGACGGACUGGCGCAGUGUGUCCUGGAAGCACACGCAGCAUACACCAGUCUUGGAGAUGCUCUAUACGCCUUUGAGAUUGGGAAUGAGGUUGACGUCUGGCCUGGGACUGACAUGCGAUCUGCCAACUGGACUCUUGAUGACUACGUCAAGCAGUGGAACCACUAUGCAGCAAAUAUCAGCCUGAACUUGACAGGAAAGGACGAUCUACAACUUUUCCAGGGCUGUGUGUUUGAGUCACCACGUAAUGACGUUGCCAACGCCGAGGCGGACGGUAUGACGACAAAAAGGGCCAAAACGGUUUCUGACCAUGAUUAUAUGGGAACGAAUUGCGGGUAUACGGGAGUUGGCCCGACUAUUGAAUCCACCAUCUUCAACCGAACGCUCGUGCUGUCCAUCCUGUGGUACCACGAGUACCUAGGCAAUCUGACCAGAGCAUCCGGCAUCCCCUAUGUACUUGGUGAGACGAAUUCAAUCGCAUGUGAAGGGGCAGAAGGCAUCUCAGAUGUGAUGGCGUCUGCGAUCUGGGCAGUCGAUUACGUGAUGUAUUUGUCGUCACUGCAGGUUGACCGCGUGCACUUCCACAUGUGUACACGAUGCCGCUAUUCCGCCUGGGUGGCGACUCCCUUCAACGGGACGGAUCCGCAGGUAUACCCGCUCUAUUAUGCCAGUCUGUUCAAUGCGCAAGUUUUUGCCGGCGGCGAGAAGCAGACCGAGGUGCUGGUCAACACCACUUCCAUGGGUGCCUAUGCAGUUUAUGCCGGGGGUGAGCUGGAAUCUCUGGUUGCCGUGAGCGUUUCCAUCUGGAAUUCUACUGAAGAUGCGACUGCACGACCCUACACGGCCCUGCAGCUGCCUGAGGGCUGGGAACAGGCUCGUGUCUUCCGCUUGACCAACCCUGGAGUCGAUGUGGCCACAGAUAUCACGUUUGCUGGCCAGUCAGUCAAUCAGGCUGGGGAGAUGGUCGGGGAAAAGAAGUAUGAAGACGUGUUGGAGAACGGGGUGGUGCUGGUGGGUGCCGGGGAGGCUGUCCUGAUCCAGCUGUGAUAGCACUAUUUUUCAAACUGUGUCUCUAUAUAUUCCCUCUUCUGUAAACAACCAUCACAUACGACCACAGGGUGUGGAAAACAGGGCUUCCCGUCCGCUCAGCCGUACUUAAGCCACACGCCGGUAGGUUAGUAGUUGGGUGGGUGACCACCAGCGAAUCCCUACUGUUGUAUGUUUUUUUUAUACUUGGCCGUAGAUUGAGUUGGAAUAC